UCUGGUAUAAAAGUCAUGAAGGAAAAAGUCUUUCACACACUUAAUUUGUUUUGCAGUGCCCAAACAUGGCACUGCACCGGAUACUAUUAGUGAUUCUGGUCUUCAUCACAGGUCACUCUUGCUCAGUCUCAACCCAACAACCAAAUGUGUGCAAGACCUUUGGCAGUGGGGUCAUGCAGACUUUCAAUGGAACCAUGUUCUAUGUGAAAACCACAUGUCCUGUAACACUGACACACUUCUCUUAUAAGGAAGUUGAAUGUUUUAUCUCUGUCCAGCGUGAUGAAACUGGCUUCAUGAAGAGAGUUGAGAUUUUGGUGAAUAAAAUUUCUACCAUCAUUCAGGACGGAAAGCUCACUGUGGAUGGAAACAGAAUCUCUCUGCCCUAUUACCAGACCUAUCUGAGUGUAUAUACAUUUGGCAUUUAUACCAGACUUAAAUGCAAAGUUCUGCCACUUUCUGUCACAUGGUAUACUUUACCUGAUGGUGUCACUUCACUUUGGGUGCAACUGGACAUGGCCUUAAUGGAUGGGAUGACUGGGAUAUGUGGGAGUUCAUCAGAAAAGCAGCUUCUUGCAAAUAUCAUACGUAAUAAUUGUUGGAUUAAAGAUUCCACUACAGCAGAUGAUAGAAAUGGGACCUGUACAAAGUUUAAAAGUCAGGCCAGAGAAUGCACUGAAGAUUCCAAUGAUUUUCUAAGUCUCUGCCUGAAAAACAUGUACAAUGCACAUAAGUUGGUACAAUGUGCUUUCUAUGAGGAGUUCCUUCGCUCCUGUGAUGUCGCAAGUGAAAACAAAAUGGAAAAAUUUCGAUCUAUAAUUUCAUGUGAGGCACAUCGCUGUCCUGGAGAUUUGCAAUAUAAGGAUAAAGAUGCUGCUUUUCCUCCCACUUGCUCCAAUCCCCAGCUUCAGACAGAGAUCAAAACCAGCACUUGCCUUCCUCAAGCUGGUAUGGUCCUGAACAAUCUAACAGACUACCACAGUAUUAAGCUGGAGGACUGUCCUUGUUUGCACAGGGGAACUACUUAUAAUCCUGGUCAAAGCCGCAGCACAAAGUGCCAAAAUUGUAAAUGCGUUAAAGGAAAAUGGAUCUGCUCAGCUAACACCUGUGUGACUCCAUGUGCCAUUGAAGGCUGGUUUGUCAGAACCUUUGAUGGAAAAGAAUAUACUCUACCUGGAAAAUGUACCUACAUGGCUGCAAGGGGAAUAGACUGGACUGUGACCAUCAAGGUUUCUGAUGUGACAAUAGGAGAAUUGUACCUUACAGUGUUUAAGGAACAAUACACCUUCUCAUUAAACCGUGUUCAAUUUGGGAAAAAUGCCGCUGUCACAGAUUUGUUACAGACUGAACAUGUGAAAGUCUACUGGCAGUCUUCAAUGUUUGUUAUGGUCCAGACAUCUUUUGGUAUGAAGAUGCAAGUCCAAGUUUCUCCUGAAGUUCAAAUGUACUUAUAUUUACCUCAGGGAGUUAAAACCACAGGUCUUUGUGGUUCAAACAACAACAACACAGAAGAUGACUUAACUACGAGCUGUGGUAUUGUGGAAAACUCAGCUCAGACUUUUGCUCUAUCGUGGGCGCUUGGGGCCUGCAAGGCAGAUAUUCCAACUGUAUGCAGCAGUACUGGCAAUGAGAUAUUUGCUAAAGAUAAGUGCAGCCUGCUGACAAACACAAAUGGUGUGUUUGCCCAGUGCCAUGAAUAUGUGGCCGUUAACUCUUAUUUCGAGGCCUGCAUUCAGAGAACCUGCCAAGCUUCCUCUGGCUUACAGGAGCAUGUGUGUGUUGGCCUGGGAAACUAUGCUAAAGCCUGUGCCAGUCAUGGCAUCAUCAUUGGUGACUGGAGAGCAGAAACAGACUGCACUCCUUCUUGUGAGAGCAAUCUGAGGUUUGAUUACACCAUACAGGCAUGUAAUCAUACAUGCCGCUCAUUGUCUGGUACAGACCCAACCUGUGACAUGCCACAUGACCCAGUGGAGGGCUGUGGAUGCCCACAUGGCACCCAUCUCAACACACCACUCAGGUGCAGCCCUCAAGCCCUUUGCCAAUGCUACUACCCAGGUGGAACAACUCCUCCAGGUCCUGUGGUUAUUGAUGGACACAAAUGCCUGUGUGCAAACGGAAAACUCCAGUGUUCAAACGUUUGUGACUGUCCACAUGGACAAAUAUGUGUCCAUUGUGCACAAGCACCAGUAAACACAACACAAAAGACAUGUAAAGGCCUGAGCAAUCCAUCUAGUUCUGUGCAGAGUUGUAUCAGUGGCUGUUACUGUCCAGAAGGCCAGUAUGUGGACCAUAAUGGCAGCUGUGUGACUCGAGAGAAUUGCACAUGUGAAUUCAUGAGGAUGGUUUAUGCAUCUGGGCAGGUUGUGGAGUCGAACUGUAAGACAUGCACAUGCAGAGGAGGACAGUGGGACUGUAAAGGUGAUCCAUGCCCAGGAGUGUGUGAAGUGUUUGGUAAUGGACAUUAUAAGACCUUUGAUUCCAAAUGGUAUCGUUUUGAUGGCCACUGUCAGUACACUCUGGUUGAGGAUGUGGGUUUGCUGUUUUCCAUUAAAGCAGAGAGUGUGCCUUGCUGUGAUGAAGUUUUAACCUGUUCACGGGCCAUUUCAGUGAAACUCAAGAAUGAAGUGACUCUAACUCUUCGUGAUAUGACCGUAACUGAAAAGCUCCUUGAAGGGUUGAACUUCAGUACUCCUUCACUGUACUCUGUCCACACUGUGGGUCUGUACAUCAUUAUCUCUGUGCCAGAACUGGGCCUGACUGUGAUUUGGGACAAGCAAACCAGAAUCAAAAUUGAGUUGCAGACCAGAUGGAAUGGACAAGUGCGUGGACUGUGUGGUGAUUUUGAUGGAGAGCUAAGGAAUGACAUGCUGACGAGGAGCUCCACUGUAGUCUUCAGCACACUGGAGUUUGGGAACAGCUGGAAGACAGCCGUGCCUCCCUGUUCGGAUGUGGCCCAUCAGGAACUGUUUCCUUGUGAUCGUCACUCAUACUGUGCAGCUUGGGCAGAGAAACGCUGCAUGAUUCUACACAGUGACAUAUUUAAAACCUGCCACCUAAAGGUUGAUCCAAUACCUUACUACCAGGCCUGUAUUUUGGAGUCAUGCUCCUGUGAUUUUGAGGGCAAGUUCCUGGGAUUCUGCACAGCUGUGGCAGCAUAUGCUGAGGCCUGCACAACUCAAAAUGUCUGUAUCAAAUGGAGGACUCCGGAUAGGUGCCCGGUUUAUUGUGACUAUUAUAAUAAAGAGGGUCAGUGCAGCUGGCAUUAUGAAGCCUGUCCUCAACAAAUUAUGACUUGUGGGAAAGACAACAAAUUCUCUGGAAAGCUUGAAGGUUGUUACCCACGGUGCCCUGCUGAGAUUCCAUAUUAUGAUGAGAACAGAAAAAUGUGUUCCAGUUUGAAAAACUGCACCUGUUAUUUCAACAACACUGUGAUAGAACCUGGUGCUACAGUGACUACACCAAAUGGAUGCUGUAACUGCAAUGGCGGGCAAAUGAUUUGUGGUGCCUUAGUGGACUGCAUACAAAGCACAACUCCACCCACAACCAGAAGUAAAGGAACCACAUCUCAAACUACAACCAGAAGUACAGGAACCUCAACUAAAUUCACAACUACAAAAACUGUAAGCACAAGACCAACUACAACCAGGAGUACAGGAACCACAAGUCAAACAGCUAAAGUUAGCACAGCUCCAACCACAACCAGAAGUACAUUAACCACAAUUCAAACAACAACUAAAGGAAGCACAUCUCCAACUACAACUAAAGGAAGCACAACUCGACCCACAACCACAAUUACAGGAACCACAUCUCAAACUACAACCAGAAGUACAGGAACCUCAACUAAAUUCACAACUACAAAAACUGUAAGCACAAGACCAACUACAACCAGGAGUACAGGAACCACAAGUCAAACAACUAAAGGAAGCACAGCUCCAACCACAACCAGAAGUACAGGAAACACAACUCAAACAACAACUAAACGAAGCACAAGUUUAACCACAACUAGAAGUACAUUAACCACAAUUCAAACAACAACUAAAGGAAGCACAUCUCAAACUACAACUAAAGGAAGCACAACCCGACCCACAACCACAAUUACAGGAACCACAUCUCAAACUACAACCAGAAGUACAGGAACCUCAACUAAAUUCACAACUACAAAAACUGUAAGCACAAGACCAACUACAACCAGGAGUACAGGAACCACAAGUCAAACAACUAAAGGAAGCACAGCUCCAACCACAACCAGAAGUACAUUAACCACAAUUCAAACAACAACUAAAGGAAGCACAUCUCCAACUACAACUAAAGGAAGCACAACUCGACCCACAACCACAAUUACAGGAACCACAUCUCAAACUACAACCAGAAGUACAGGAACCUCAACUAAAUUCACAACUACAAAAACUGUAAGCACAAGACCAACUACAACCAGGAGUACAGGAACCACAAGUCAAACAACAACUAAAGGAAGCACAGCUCCAACCACAACCAGAAGUACAUUAACCACAAUUCAAACAACAACUAAAGGAAGCACAUCUCCAACUACAACUAAAGGAAGCACAACUCGACCCACAACCACAAUUACAGGAACCACAUCUCAAACUACAACCAGAAGUACAGGAACCUCAACUAAAUUCACAACUACAAAAACUGUAAGCACAAGACCAACUACAACCAGGAGUACAGGAACCACAAGUCAAACAACUAAAGGAAGCACAGCUCCAACCACAACCAGAAGUACAGGAAACACAACUCAAACAACAACUAAACGAAGCACAAGUUUAACCACAACUAGAAGUACAUUAACCACAAUUCAAACAACAACUAAAGGAAGCACAUCUCAAACUACAACUAAAGGAAGCACAACCCGACCCACAACCACAAUUACAGGAACCACAUCUCAAACUACAACCAGAAGUACAGGAACCUCAACUAAAUUCACAACUACAAAAACUGUAAGCACAAGACCAACUACAACCAGGAGUACAGGAACCACAAGUCAAACAACUAAAGGAAGCACAGCUCCAACCACAACCAGAAGUACAUUAACCACAAUUCAAACAACAACUAAAGGAAGCACAUCUCCAACUACAACUAAAGGAAGCACAACUCGACCCACAACCACAAUUACAGGAACCACAUCUCAAACUACAACCAGAAGUACAGGAACCUCAACUAAAUUCACAACUACAAAAACUGUAAGCACAAGACCAACUACAACCAGGAGUACAGGAACCACAAGUCAAACAACUAAAGGAAGCACAGCUCCAACCACAACCAGAAGUACAGGAAACACAACUCAAACAACAACUAAACGAAGCACAAGUUUAACCACAACUAGAAGUACAUUAACCACAAUUCAAACAACAACUAAAGGAAGCACAUCUCAAACUACAACUAAAGGAAGCACAACCCGACCCACAACCACAAUUACAGGAACCACAUCUCAAACUACAACCAGAAGUACAGGAACCUCAACUAAAUUCACAACUACAAAAACUGUAAGCACAAGACCAACUACAACCAGGAGUACAGGAAACACAACUCAAACAACUAAAGGAAGCACAACUCGACCGACAACCACAAUUACAGGAACCACAACUCAAUCAACAACCAAAGGAAGCACAACUCCAACCACAACCAGAAGUACAGGAAGCACAACUCGACCCACAACCAGAAGUACAGGAACCACAUCUCAAUCUACAACUAAAGGAAGAACAACUCUAACCACAACCAGCAGUACAGAGUUUUCGCUAAGAACUGGAACAGCAAACACCGUAUCGUCUGGUCCUCAAGAAAGUAAACUUACAACAGAAUUCACAUCUAGAACCACAACUACAACUAAAGGAAGCACAACUCGACUUACAGCCAGAAGUACAGGAACCACAGCUCAAUCUACAACUAGAAGUUCAGGAACCUCAACUAAAUUCACAACUACAAAAACACUAAGCACAACACCAACUACAACCAAGAGUACAGGAACCACAAGUCAAACAACUAAAGGAAGCACAGCUCCAACCACAACCAGAAGUACAGGAAACACAACUCAAACAACAACUAAACGAAGCACAAGUUUAACCACAACUAGAAGUACAUUAACCACAAUUCAAACAACAACUAAAGGAAGCACAUCUCAAACUACAACUAAAGGAAGCACAACCCGACCCACAACCACAAUUACAGGAACCACAUCUCAAACUACAACCAGAAGUACAGGAACCUCAACUAAAUUCACAACUACAAAAACUGUAAGCACAAGACCAACUACAACCAGGAGUACAGGAACCACAAGUCAAACAACUAAAGGAAGCACAGCUCCAACCACAACCAGAAGUACAGGAAACACAACUCAAACAACAACUAAACGAAGCACAAGUUUAACCACAACUAGAAGUACAUUAACCACAAUUCAAACAACAACUAAAGGAAGCACAUCUCAAACUACAACUAAAGGAAGCACAACCCGACCCACAACCACAAUUACAGGAACCACAUCUCAAACUACAACCAGAAGUACAGGAACCUCAACUAAAUUCACAACUACAAAAACUGUAAGCACAAGACCAACUACAACCAGGAGUACAGGAAACACAACUCAAACAACAACUAAAGGAAGCACAGCUCCAACCACAACCAGAAGUACAUUAACCACAAUUCAAACAACAACUAAAGGAAGCACAUCUCCAACUACAACUAAAGGAAGCACAACUCGACCCACAACAACAAUUACAGGAACCACAUCUCAAACUACAACCAGAAGUACAGGAACCUCAACUAAAUUCACAACUACAAAAACUGUAAGCACAAGACCAACUACAACCAGGAGUACAGGAACCACAGGUCAAACAACUAAAGGAAGCACAGCUCCAACCACAACCAGAAGUACAGGAAACACAACUCAAACAACAACUAAACGAAGCACAAGUUUAACCACAACUAGAAGUACAUUAACCACAAUUCAAACAACAACUAAAGGAAGCACAUCUCAAACUACAACUAAAGGAAGCACAACCCGACCCACAACCACAAUUACAGGAACCACAUCUCAAACUACAACCAGAAGUACAGGAACCUCAACUAAAUUCACAACUACAAAAGCUGUAAGCACAAGACCAACUACAACCAGGAGUACAGGAACCACAAGUCAAACAACUAAAGGAAGCACAGCUCCAACCACAACCAGAAGUACAUUAACCACAAUUCAAACAACAACUAAAGGAAGCACAUCUCCAACUACAACUAAAGGAAGCACAACUCGACCCACAACCACAAUUACAGGAACCACAUCUCAAACUACAACCAGAAGUACAGGAACCUCAACUAGAUUCACAACUACAAAAACUGUAAGCACAAGACCAACUACAACCAGGAGUACAGGAACCACAAGUCAAACAACUAAAGGAAGCACAGCUCCAACCACAACCAGAAGUACAGGAAACACAACUCAAACAACAACUAAACGAAGCACAAGUUUAACCACAACUAGAAGUACAUUAACCACAAUUCAAACAACAACUAAAGGAAGCACAUCUCAAACUACAACUAAAGGAAGCACAACCCGACCCACAACCACAAUUACAGGAACCACAUCUCAAACUACAACCAGAAGUACAGGAACCUCAACUAAAUUCACAACUACAAAAACUGUAAGCACAAGACCAACUACAACCAGGAGUACAGGAAACACAACUCAAACAACAACUAAAGGAAGCACAGCUCCAACCACAACCAGAAGUACAUUAACCACAAUUCAAACAACAACUAAAGGAAGCACAUCUCCAACUACAACUAAAGGAAGCACAACUCGACCCACAACCACAAUUACAGGAACCACAUCUCAAACUACAACCAGAAGUACAGGAACCUCAACUAAAUUCACAACUACAAAAACUGUAAGCACAAGACCAACUACAACCAGGAGUACAGGAAACACAACUCAAACAACAACUAAAGGAAGCACAGCUCCAACCACAACCAGAAGUACAUUAACCACAAUUCAAACAACAACUAAAGGAAGCACAUCUCCAACUACAACUAAAGGAAGCACAACUCGACCCACAACCACAAUUACAGGAACCACAUCUCAAACUACAACCAGAAGUACAGGAACCUCAACUAAAUUCACAACUACAAAAACUGUAAGCACAAGACCAACUACAACCAGGAGUACAGGAACCACAAGUCAAACAACUAAAGGAAGCACAGCUCCAACCACAACCAGAAGUACAGGAAGCACAACUCAAACAACAACUAAACGAAGCACAAGUUUAACCACAACUAGAAGUACAUUAACCACAAUUCAAACAACAACUAAAGGAAGCACAUCUCAAACUACAACUAAAGGAAGCACAACCCGACCCACAACCACAAUUACAGGAACCACAUCUCAAACUACAACCAGAAGUACAGGAACCUCAACUAAAUUCACAACUACAAAAACUGUAAGCACAAGACCAACUAUAACCAGGAGUACAGGAAACACAACUCAAACAACAACUAAAGGAAGCACAGCUCCAACCACAACCAGAAGUACAUUAACCACAAUUCAAACAACAACUAAAGGAAGCACAUCUCCAACUACAACUAAAGGAAGCACAACUCGACCCACAACCACAAUUACAGGAACCACAUCUCAAACUACAACCAGAAGUACAGGAACCUCAACUAAAUUCACAACUACAAAAACUGUAAGCACAAGACCAACUACAACCAGGAGUACAGGAAACACAACUCAAACAACAACUAAAGGAAGCACAGCUCCAACCACAACCAGAAGUACAUUAACCACAAUUCAAACAACAACUAAAGGAAGCACAUCUCCAACUACAACUAAAGGAAGCACAACUCGACCCACAACCACAAUUACAGGAACCACAUCUCAAACUACAACCAGAAGUACAGGAACCUCAACUAAAUUCACAACUACAAAAACUGUAAGCACAAGACCAACUACAACCAGGAGUACAGGAACCACAAGUCAAACAACUAAAGGAAGCACAGCUCCAACCACAACCAGAAGUACAGGAAACACAACUCAAACAACAACUAAACGAAGCACAAGUUUAACCACAACUAGAAGUACAUUAACCACAAUUCAAACAACAACUAAAGGAAGCACAUCUCAAACUACAACUAAAGGAAGCACAACCCGACCCACAACCACAAUUACAGGAACCACAUCUCAAACUACAACCAGAAGUACAGGAACCUCAACUAAAUUCACAACUACAAAAACUGUAAGCACAAGACUAACUACAACCAGGAGUACAGGAAACACAACUCAAACAACUAAAGGAAGCACAGCUCCAACCACAACCAGAAGUACAUUAACCACACCUAGAGCCACAUCCCCAAAAACAGGAAGCACAAGUAGUACAGCUACAACCAAAACCACAACUACUGAUACCACAGAUUGCAAGGAUCUACAUGGAAACAAAUCAUGGAAAAAUGGUGAUCAGUGGAUUGAUGGCUGCUACAAUAAUACUUGCAUAAUGGGUGGUAUUACUGUUAGACCUGUCAAAUGCCCAGCACAGGUCAAGCCAGCAUGCCCCAGACAAACUGAAAAGUUGGUAAAAGAUAAGGAAGGAUGUUGUGAAAGAUGGCAAUGUGACUGUCAAUGUGAUGUCUAUGGAGACCCCCAUUAUACUACAUUUGAAGGGCAGGACUUUGAUUUCCUAGAAAACUGUACAUAUAUUCUGGUGGAGGAACGGACUCCUCUUCACCAUCUCAGAAUCAGUGUUGACAAUUAUUACUGUGAGCCAUCUGCUUCUUGUGUUAAGGGUAUCAUUGUGAAGUAUCUUAACAGCACAGCAAUACUUCAAGCCCUUCAAGUUCCUAAAAAAAAAGUACAGGUUACUCUGAAUAAAGUAACAAUAAACCCACCUUAUCAAGCAGAUGGACUUAGGUUUGAGGGAACAAGUACCAAAGUUUACAUUUACAUUGAAGAGAUUCGUUCAUACAUCUCUCUCAGUGCAAGGAACACACUCCAAAUCAAUUUGGCAAUGGAACACUUCUCUAAUAACACACAGGGGCAGUGUGGUGUUUGUGGAGGUACCUCAUGUAUGCGUAGGAAUGGUUCUGCUGAGAGUGCCAGCUGCUGUGAUAAGACUGCAUUUGAGUGGAUAGAGGAUGAUCCACAGAAACCUUACUGUCAACAGGUCCCCCGUCAUGUCCCAUGUUCUCCACCAAUUACUCCAAAACCACCAUGCAAGGCUCCUCUCUGUGAGCUCCUCAGACAUAACGUGUUCAGUAAAUGUAGCAAGGAUAUUGAUGUGGAGAAGCUAGUAAGUAACUGCAAGUUUGAUUACUGUGUGGCCCAAAACAAUGCAACUCUGUGCUCUCCACUAGAGCGUCUAGCUGAUCACUGCAAUAAGAAGGGCUUCUGUGUAGCCUGGAGAAAUCUCACCAGUGGAAUUUGUGACGUUACUUGUCCUAAAGGAAUGAUUUUCGAUGAAUGCCGGAGAACUCCAAUUGAUUUUUGCAGUGGCGGUGUUCGUGUUCCUGGCAAAGAUUUGGAUACAAUGAGGACUGGCUGUUUCUGCCCAGACAACCAACUACUUGCUGACCCACACAAAGACAUCUGUGUAUCUACAUGCACUAACUGUAAAGGCCCACUGGGAGAACCCAUGCCGGUUGGGGCAAUAUGGGAGUCAAAUUGCCACAUGUGUAAAUGCAAUAAUCAGACACUGACAGAAUGCUGGCCAAAACCAACACCUCCACCUCCCACAUGCAGUCCUGGCUUUUUCCUUGUCCCUGGAUGUUGCAACGACCAGAUAUGUGUUGAGAAGAAGACUUGUGAAUACAAUAGAACAACAUAUAAGGUGGGUGAAACAUGGAGGGACCCUAAGAUCCCUUGUCAAAAAUAUCACUGUACAAGUGCAGGCACUGAAAUAGAGCGGACUGUGUGUCCACAACAGUUAUGUCCUGAGGAACUCCGGGUUUGGGAUGAGCAUCAUUGCUGCUAUUCAUGCAACACAACGUGUGGAGUCAGGUUGUCCAGAAUGACUGUUGAGAACUGCACCACGGAGGUGACACUGCCCACCUGUGAUGGAAACUGUGCAUCAAGUUCCCUGUGGGUAAGGUCUGGGAAUGAGCUGUGGAAUAAGCAGACCUGCUGCAGAGCAAAAGAGUACGUGACAAGAACGAUUACUCUGAACUGUGGUAAAGCUACAGCUUUAUACACAUACAAACACAUCAAUAGCUGUGAGUGUCAGCAUGAAAAAUUGGACCAUGAAAGAUAAAAAACGAUAAUGUAAUGGUCAUCGAACAUGAUGUUUACAACAAUAAUCCAUAAAUAUAUCUGGUGUAAUUUGAUUUGCAUGACUUAAUAUUUUUUGAAUGAUCAAUGCAUUAUGAUUUUUUGUUAAUAUCUUGUGUUUUCCGCUUCCUGCUGUAUUCAAUGCCAAAAAUUCACAGGAAUUCCUUGUGAGAUUUUUGAUUUCUUUCACUACAUAUUCUAAUUCUAAUAAUGGUUAAAUACUAAAAUUGCAGAAUAUCAAGUCUAAAUGGAAAUGUAAUAGAUAUCAAGAGUCGUGGACUAUUUGCUUUUUUUUUUUAUUCUUUUCAAGAAUAUGUGCAAAUGAUCAUCUAAAAUCUCUUAACAAUGUAUUUAUAUGGUAUAAUCAGUGAUUAAAGAAAUGCAAAGCAU